UCCUUCCUGCUCAGUGUUCUCGACUCGACCGCCGCCGUCCCAGUUCGCUUCGCGUCACCGAGAGCUCGUCGGCCUCCGUCCCCGCGAGAAGCGAGAGCAUGGACACCCAAGUGAAGCUUGCUGUUGUGGUAAAGGUGAUGGGCAGGACCGGCUCCAGGGGUCAGGUGACCCAGGUCAGAGUGAAGUUCUUGGAUGACCAGAACCGUCUCAUCAUGAGGAACGUCAAGGGCCCUGUUCGUGAGGGUGACAUCCUGACCCUGCUCGAGUCUGAGAGGGAGGCCAGGAGGCUGCGCUGAAGCCCUUGUUGUCUUGGAUGUAAUUCUGUUAAUUUUGUUCAAUGUUUGUCGAACUUGCCGUGUGACCCAUACUAUAUCUGCUUUGGGAUUUAGUAAGCCUGGAUUGCAGUUUUUUUUAUGUUCCUGGUGGAAAUUGCAAUUGUUUGUCGGCAUGUUCUCUUGAAUUUAAUGCGUACGGUUUCUACUA